GUGGACUUACAAGGUGCGUUCUAGUUGGAGUUCUCCCCUUCGGACAAAAGCCGUUGUUGGCUGCGGCUCAAGAGAGGUUCAUGAGGCGGUGGUGAACUAGCGGAGGUGAUCAUGGGAGGAAAUCAGAGCGUGGAGGUCCCGGGAGGCGGCAGCGAGGGCUAUCACGUGCUCAAGGUGUUGGACAACUCUCCGGCCAAGAAGGCAGGAAUGCAGGCCUACUUUGAUUUCCUUGUCUCUAUUGAUGGAGUGAGACUGAACCAGGAGAAUGACACCCUGAAGCAGAUACUGGAGAAGUACAUGGACAAGCCGGUCGAGGUGUCACUCUACAACUCCAAGACCCGCGCCACUAGAGAGGUGGAGCUGGUGCCAACCAACACAUGGGGUGGCCAGGGACUGCUGGGAGUCUCCAUUCGGUUCUGCUCCUUCGAGGGAGCCGCUGAGAACAUAUGGCAUGUCCUGGAGAUCCACCCCAACUCCCCGGCGGCACAGGCAGGCCUCAUCCCUCACUCUGACUACAUCCUCGGCUCCGAGAUGAUGUCUACCGGAGACGAUGAUCUAUACUCUCUCAUAGAGAGCCACGAUCAUCAGGAGAUCAAACUCUAUGUCUACAAUACCGACACUGACAACUGUAGGGAGGUGUCCCUGACUCCUGACUCAGAGUGGGGAGGAGAGGGGAGCCUUGGGUGUGGUAUAGGCUACGGCUACCUCCACAGACUCCCCACACACUCCAAGACCAGCGCGGGAGGUGGUGCUCCCACCAGUAGCAGCGACCUGGAGGCCGGAGGAGCUCAGGAUAGCAGUGCUACCAUCACUUCUCCUCCUCGUCCCCCUCCACCUGCUGAGGGCUACUGCGAUGUACCGCUGUCAGUACCGUCCAACCCAGCCACUCCUUCAACGAUGGCCUCCUCAUCUCCCAGAAUCAGCGUGGCCCAGACACAGGCCGGCAUGCAAGGGCUCCGGCUGACUGACUCCCCCGCCCCUCUCUCCCCUCCCUCCCUCCCCUCCAGCACCCUCACACCCGCUCCGGUCACCGUCAUACGUACCACGCCCGGAGGACCCCCUCUCCCUACCACAACCACCGAGCAACAACUAGGAGACCAAAAUCUGACCAACGCGGUCCACUCGCCAAUCAACACGGCGUGGAUGACUCAGCCGGGAGCAGUCCAGUCGCAUUACAGCACCGGUGGACAGCAAGGAACAGCUGUGGAUGGUACUCCGUAUCGGAUGACAAACGCACAGUUCUCAGGCGCAGUUGCUGGGUCCACUACGAUGCAGGGUGUGGGUUCUGUGAGAGCUCCGUUCCAGACCAGCAUGCACCACCAUCCUCCCCCCUCCUCCACGUCUCUCCCUCCACUCUCGUCCUCCUCGGUCUCCCCGCCACUCCUACCGUCUUCACUGCCACCACCACCGGGGACCCAAGGGAAUGUGACUUCAAUUAAUGCCCACCAUUCCAUCCCGGCUGUGGGGAGUGGAGCACUGCCGGCAUUUCUCCCGGGAGUACUCACGUCUCUCUCACCACCUGCGGCACUGCAGUCCUCCCUCCUCGGUGGCACGGCCAGUAUACCCCCCUUGGCCGCACCACUCACAGUCUCUGGGCUUCCCAGCGUACCCCCGACCAUCUCGUUUCCCUCCAUCGCCCCUAAAAUUAGUCUGAAUCCCUCGCCUGCAGCACUUCCCCAAGCCGUUCCCACUACUACCGUGUCCUGAGGUUCCACUCACUACUGCCAGUAACAAUAGUAUCGUAAUAAUAAGAGGAGGACCCUGUGCUAUAUGUGCUCUAAUGGACCUCUAAUCAUGCUCAUUGGAUGCCCUGCUUUUAAUAAAGUCUCAUGCCUGUACAAUAUUACAUACGUAUUUGUCUCAUAAGUAAAAGUUGAC